GUAUCUGUGUAAGCUGUCUGACCAGGAGUUGCGUCAGAGUGCUGCUCGCAACAUGGCCGACCUGAUGUGGAGCACGGUGAAAGAGCCGCUGGACAGCGCGCUGUGCUUCGACAAGGAGAGCCUGGACCUCGCCUUCAAAUACUUCAUGUCUCCUACACUCACCAUGAGGCUGGCAGGACUCAGCCAAAUCACUAAUCAGCUCCACACCUUCAACGACGUCUGCAACAACGAGUCCCUGGUGUCCGACACAGAAACGUCCAUAGCAAAGGAACUAGCUGACUGGUUGAUCCACAACAACGUAGUGGAGCACAUAUUUGGACCAAAUUUGCACAUUGAGAUCAUUAAACAGUGCCAAGUGAUCCUGAACUUCUUGGCUGCGGAGGGCCGACUCAGCACGCAGCAUGUGGAUUGCAUCUGGGCUGCAGCUCAGCUCAAACACUGCAGCCGUUACAUCCACGACCUUUUCCCUUCACUCAUCAAGAACCUGGACCCGGUUCCUCUGCGUCACGUCCUCAACCUGGUGUCAGGCCUGCACCCCAGCGCACACACGGAGCAGACGUUGUACCUGGCCUCUAUGCUCAUCAAGGCUCUGUGGAACAACGCUCUGGCAGCCAAAGCUCAGCUCUCCAAGCAGAGCUCCUUCGCCUCGCUGCUCAACACCAACAUCCCCAUGGGCAACAAGAAAGUCUGUCGUCUCCUCUCCGGCCUCUCAGGUUCGCCGGCCGCCAGCCCGGACAGCAGCGAUAACAGCGACACGCAGCACAGCGGAGGCAGCGACAUGGAGAUGGACGACCAGAUAAUGACGAGCAAGAGGAGCCAGCAGAGACUGUCUGACACUGAGGAGUCGAUGCAGGGAAGCUCGGACGAGACGGCCAACAGCGUGGAGGAAGGAAGCAGCGGUCCAGGAAGCAGCAGCGGCCGCAGCGAAGCCUCCAGCAACGAGGCCGCCUCCAGCAGAGCCAGCCAAUCAGCCGGCAGCCCCGGCAGCGAGAUGCACUCCGACGACAUGGCCGACAGCGAGGCGCUAAAGGAGGAAGAGGAGGACGACGAAGAGGACGAUGAAGAGGAGGACGAUGAUGAUGACGAUGAGGAAGAUGAUGAAGGGAACCGGUCGGCUGCUGAAGGCGGCCAGCAGAAGGAACCGCGGGAGCAGGCGGAGUCCAGGAAGAGGAAGGCGGGGGAAGCGCUAGGCGACAGCCAGGGGGCGGGGCCAAGCGGCUCAGGGGGCGGAGCCAAAUCUAAAGUCCUCCCCUUUAACCCUGAUGCUUCUGCCGUCAUGGUAACGGCGGCGUCGACGUCACUGGAGGGCCGGAUGAGGAUGUUGGACGCGUGCUCGGCGUCGUCGUCGGCUCGGCCGGAGGGGGCGGAGCCUCAGCAGCAGCAGCAGCAGCCGGGGGACAUGGGACCCUCGCAGAUGGUCCAGGGGCCUCAGGAGCCGCCGUGCCUGCCGAGGCCCGGAGACUUCCUGGGAGAGGCGAUGGGCAGCGAGCUGUUCAACUGCCGGCGCUUCAUCGGACCGCAGCACCACCAUCAUCAUCAUCAUCAUCAUCACCAUCAUCAUGAAGGCCCGAUGGUGGAGGACAUGCUGAGUGCCGAUGACGUCAGCUGCAGCAGUUCUCAGGUCAGCGCUAAGUCAGAGAAGAACAUGGCGGACUUCGAUGGCGAGGAGUCGGGCUGUGAGGAGGAGCUGGUUCAGAUCAACUCUCACGCUGAACUCAGCUCUCACCUGCAGCAGCACCUCCCCAACCUCGCCUCCAUCUACCACGAGCACCUGGUGCAAGGUCCAGCUGUUCACAAACAUCAGUACUCCAGUAGUCACGCUGUGACCGACAUCAACCUGGACAACGUUUGUAAGAAAGGAAACACGCUGCUGUGGGAUCUGGUGCAAGACGAGGACGCGGUACGACUCCACGUUUCUAAUGUUCACCUCAUUUAUUAGAAGAGCAAAAACUAUCAGAUAUCAAUGUGUUAGAUAGUAAUGAUAUUUGUAU